UGGUGGUUACGAGAUCUACCCUUGCAUUUCCAGCCAGUGCCACACCUGCGAAGCUGUUGCCCAACAACCCGACCGUAACGAACGAACAUCCAAUCCACGUGGUGCGUCUGGCCACGACCACCAGAAGUUUGUGCAGUGUUAAAAGGCUGUAGGGUGAAGAAUUUUGAAAGUGAAGCUCAAUCGGCGAGCGCGAGUAACGUGUAAAGCGUAGUGCAAACAUUUAGGCGCAAUGUCUAAACCGAUCGUUAUUUUCGUCCUUUUGUGCGGCGUUGCACUCAGUGUGGCCUAUCCGUUCCCGUAUCCGCAGAAUGCGUUCGUGUACUACCGCAACGCGUUUCCCAUGAUGGCCUUCCCUCAGAUGCAGCGUAACGCCAUGUACCGGAACGCCAUGUACCAGAACCAGCGGCUGCGUAGUUUCCGCCGAUCGGCUACGAGUGGUGUGGCCGCAUUCGCUGCUGGUGACAACAUCGGCACUGGCAUCUUCAAGGCUGACUGCCGACCCGCAGAUCCCACCACUUCCGGAUUCCCCUCGGUGCAGUCCUUCGCUGAUGCAUACCCAGCCUCAGCCGUACCGGAGAACGAGAUCCCGGAGAGUGACGAUGGUGCUGGAUUUUUGGAACCGGAAUCGAGCGCUGGCAGUGAGCUAGACUUUCCGAUUGAGGACGAAGUUCCGCUGGAGGACGCCUUGCCGGCACCAGCAGUUCCUGCCGUUUCGGACAAGCGUAAGAAGAAGGUUACCGUUCAGUUGGACUCGCCCGAGGACGAACAGGAUGAAGCGGAUGAAGUGAGCUUUGGAACGCGCCGUGGAGGCGCCAGUCGUCCCGCAGGAGGACCAAUGUUUCCGGUCACAUUUGGAAGUACCAACGGAGGCGCCAUUGCGAUUGCCAACAGUUACAGCACCGGAAAGGGUGGAUCGGCUACUAGCCAUGCCACGGCUUAUGGCAGCCCGGCUUCGGUUCCGGAAGAACGUCGGCGAGCCGUUGCCCUGCAUCAGCAGCAACAGUUGCGCAAUAAUCGGCCUGCGAAAUUGCGGACGAAGUACUAGGGCAACACAUCUGGCCACGUGAAACGGGCAUACAGCGAUUGUGUGUGUGUGUUGGUUUAAUUUAUUCCUAGAUGUUUCCACCUGCCGUUCGUCCAGCGGGAAAACGAACGCGAUCGUACGGUUGGCUCAAUAAAUAUCAUUGCUUUAUCUA